CCCAUCUACUCAGCCCAACAGAGCCCCUCAAUCCCUCCUGCCAUCCUGUGCGCAGCAACAGACAAUAGGAAGCGGACGGUUGACGCGUCCAGACUCCGGGCAGAACUUCCGACUUUCAGUUUCUCAUUCCGGCCUUCCAGAUUCCUCUUGCCGCCGCUCGCCUCGUUAGAGACCGGAAUUUCAGGGACGCAACAAGCUCCCCUGCCUUGCCGAUUUUAGGGGGAAACAAAACAAGUCUAUUAAAAGAGAAAUGGAAAACACCGCUGUUGAUUCGAGUUUCCACCGCACUUUCAAAUACCUACUAGCUACACAAUUUCUGUCAAGGGGAAUCCCGUUCGUAUUCAAUUCCUGGAUUGUUAGACAUCUAUCAGAAGAAGAUUAUGUGGUUUGUGCUGUACAAUUCCAUCUGUUUGUGACAUGCAUAUUGUUUUUGAGUAGAGAGGGAUUCAGGCGAAUUUGCAUGAGGGAAGAUAUUACAUGGGGGAAACAAAACAAGUCUAUUAAAAGAGAAAUGGAAAACACCGCUGUUGAUUCGAGUUUCCACCGCACUUUCAAAUACCUACUAGCUACACAAUUUCUGUCAAGGGGAAUCCCGUUCGUAUUCAAUUCCUGGAUUGUUAGACAUCUAUCAGAAGAAGAUUAUGUGGUUUGUGCUGUACGAUUCCAUCUGUUUGUGACAUGCAUAUUGUUUUUGAGUAGAGAGGGAUUCAGGCGAAUUUGCAUGAGGGAAGAUAUUACAUGGGAUGGUGAUUCAGCAGCAGGAGAAACUGAAGCUCAGAUUUUGAAAGUCGCCUGGAUGACCUUCCCAUUAGGGGUACUGGUCACAUUUUCUGCUUGUUUGAUUGUAUUCUGGUGGCAAGAUCUGGGUUAUUCCAGUCCUUAUGGACGAGCUAUCUUGAUUAAUGGUUUUGCAUGCAUUCUUGAGCUACUGGCAGAACCAUUCUUUAUUUUGGCCCAAAAAUUGGCUCUUCUCAAAUUGCGGCUGAUUGUUGAAACUGCUGCCACUCUUUCACGUUGUAUAGUAACAUAUGCUCUCAUCCUGAAGCAACCAAGCUCGGAGAAAGCAAUUGUAUUUUCGAUGUCACAGGUUGCGUAUGGAGCAUCUAUUUUCAUAGGCUACUGGGCAUACUUUCUUCUGUGCCAAUUAUACACAACUCGUGUUCUAUUUCCGUUCCGGAUAGGAAAUACAAAAAGCUAUGAUCAACGGCUUGUGAACAUGUGCAUGAUACUUAAUCUUCAAUCCGUUCAGAAGUUGAUUCUUCAGGAAGGUGAAAGGAUGGUCCUUGUAUGGUGUGAUACACCAUAUCACCAAUCAGUAUAUGGACUUGUAGACAAACUAGGGAGCCCAGUGGUGAGGCUGAUUUUUCUUCCCUUUGAAGAAAGCUCAUAUGCAACGUUUGCAAGGCCUGCAUCAGGAGAUCAAGAACGGAAAAAGGAGAAAUUGGGAAGGAGUCUGACAGAUGCGCUGAAGCUUGUUUUGCUUAUUGGUUUAGUUGUUAUCGCAUUUGGUCCAAGCUAUUCAUAUUCCCUCAUCAGAUUGCUGUAUGGUAGAAAAUGGAGCGAUGGAGAAGCUACCAAAGUACUCCAAUGUUAUUGCCUUUAUGUGAUAGUUUUGGCCACGAGCGGGACGUCUGAAGCAUUUCUACAGGCAGUUGCAACAAAGAAAGAACUUAAACGGUCAAAUGGUUCAUUGUUUGCCUUCCCAUUGAUAUAUGUGAUCAUUAACGUCUUGCUUAUCAGAUCAGCAGGCGCAGUUGGAUUGAUUUUAGCAAACUCUCUGCAUAUGAUCCUCAGGAUAGUUUACUCAGCGGUUUUCAUCAAAAAGUAUUUCAAGGAAUCAUCAUCCUUUGCGUUUAGAGCUUGCAUGCCUGGAGGUUAUGAAUUUGUGUUGGUUUCAGGAGUAGCCACCUUCAUAGUUGAAAAGAUGUACCUUAACCGAGACAGCUUCUCGGCCACCUUUACCGUUCACUUCUCAUUUGGUUUAUUCUGUUUUCUUGUGGCCGCUUUCAUAAUCUAUCAAAAGGAGAGGCCUUUUAUCGCGAAAAUUAUACGCUUCCGCGAACACGCUGAUUGAAUGUGCUAAAGAAUUACAUCUUGGUUAAUAGGGUUUGUGAAAAGUUUUUCUCUAUUUCAAGAUCAAGGAAUCAUAAGCACCGAGGAUUACGAGGAUAUUAUUGUCUAAUGAUACGAGGAUUACGAGCAUUUCUGGUGGUAUACUAUGCUUGCUACCAGAUGUUCACCCCACACUUUUUAUAAUUCAUUUGCCUUCCACACAAUUAUGUCACGGAAUUUGUACAACCAUAUGUUUUGUAUUCAAUCCUCUUGAGUGUUGAACCUAUCUAGUAGAGUAGAUAAUUUUAGUUUUUCAAGGGAAAAUUGGCCCUU